AAGAGGUGGCAAUGGCACGGCCGGUUAAGAGGCAAGCACAAGGAGCAGGGGGAGCAGCGGAUGACAUUGAUGAGAAACACCUUUUGGCUUUCAUUGUGAAGGACAAAUAUGAGAAGGAUUGCAAAGGAGAACUCGAGAAAUAUUGUCAAGACUUGAAGGAAAUAGAUGGUCAAUUCAAAGUGAAUGAUAAAGUUAAAGAACUUUGUGGUGGUGGUGAUAAAACAAAACAAGAGAAAAAAUGCCAAGAACUGAAAGACGAAGUUAAAAAAAAAUUGGAAGCUUUUAAAAAAGAACUUGAAGAAGCAUUGGAAGAUGACGUAGAAGAUGAAGAUUGUAAAAAACAUGAAGAAAAAUGUAUACUUUUAGAGGAAGCAGGCCCAAAUAGUCUUAAGGAGAAGUGUGUCAAAUUGAGGGAAGGAUGUUACGAAUUGAAGCGUAAAAAGGUGGCAGAGGAGCUUCUUUUCAGGGCGCUCGGAGGGGAUGCUAAAGAAGAAGCUAAAUGUAAAGGAAAGAUGAGAGAUGUUUGCCCAGUGUUAAGCCGAGAAAGCGACGAGCUGAUGUCUUUCUGCCUUGAUCCGAGUGGAACGUGUGGAGAGCUGAAAAAAAAAUUGGAUACUGUUUGUGGGCCUUUAAAAGAAGAGCUUAAAGAUGGCGAAUUAGACGGAAAGUGUCAUGAAAAACUUGAGAAAUGUCAUUUUUACGGAGAAGCGUGUGAUGGUUCAAAGUGUGAGGAGUAUAAGACGAAAUGUGAGAAAAAUAUUAUUAUAUAUAAAGCGCCGGAAUCUGAUUCUAGUCCUGUCAAGCCGAAGGCGUCGUUGUUGAGAAGUAUUGGGUUGGAAGAUGUGUAUAAAAAGGCUGAAAAAGAAGGAAUUAUUAUUGGAAAAGCAGGAGUGGAUCUACCAAGAAGGUUUGGUGAUGAUUUUCUGCAAGAUCUCUUGCUACUGUUGAGCGAAAAUGUGAAUGAGAAGGAUGAUGCGGGGAAGAAAUGCACUGAACUGUUAGGAAAAUGUAAUGAUUUUAAGCAUUUGGAUCAUGAUUUGGAAAAGUUAUGCGAUGAUGGAAAUAAACAAGAAAAAUGCAAAAAAUUACUAAAUGUAGAAGAAAGAUGUACACAUCUCAAAUUAAAUCUUCAUCUGAAAGAUUUGUCUACAAAAUUUGAAAAAGAUAAAAAAUCAGAUCUUUUAUUCUGGAGAGAACUGCCAACCUUAUUUACGAAGGGAGAGUGUGCAGAACUUGUCUCGGAAUGUUUUUAUUUAAAAAAGGCGUGUAAAGAUAGUAAGAUUGAUGAAGCAUGUCAAAAUGUACGAGCAGCGUGCUAUAAAAUGGGACAAAAUAGGAUGUUGAAUACACACUUUCGAGAGGUGUUGAAGGAGAAUCCUGAUUAUUUAAGAUACUAUAACAAUCCUGAGAAUUGCAAAAAAAUUGUGGUAGAAAACUGUAAAAAACUUGAUAAAAAAUACCUUCCAAAGUGUCUUUACCCUAAAGAACUAUGUUAUCUUCUUUCAGAUGAUAUUUUUCUUCAAUCCAAAGAGUUAGGUGUGCUUUUGGAUGAUCAUAGAGAUUUUCCAUUUGAAAAGGAUUGUCUUGAGUUGGAGGAGAAGUGUGAUGAACUUCAAACUUAUUCAUAUUUGAAUUCUAAAAAGUGUGAAACAUUGAGAAGGCGCUGUGAAUACAUUAGAGUUUCAGAGAGAUUUAGAAAAGUAUUUUUAGAAAGAAAAGAUCAUGCAUUAUAUAAUGAGCAAAAUUGUACGGAGGUGUUGCAUGAGAAAUGUGAAGCUUUAUUUAGGAAAAGGAGGAAUCCAUUUGGGUUUUCAUGUGCUUUGCCAGAAGAAACAUGUGAAUAUAUGGUAGCCCGUACAAAAGAUGAAUGUAGUAGUUUAAGAGCCAAUAUCAAGAAUGAAAAAAUCCUAGAAGAAAUUGAAAAAGCAAAUAAAAAUGAAACAGCACUUGAAGAACUCUGCACAACAUGGGGCCGACAUUGUCACCAACUUGUGAAGAAUUGUCCGGAUCAAUUGAAAGAAAAUAACAAUGAUCAAAACUGUGAAAAACUCGAUGAAAAAUGCAGGGAUACUUUUGAAAAGUUGAAAGCGAAGGAUGAGCUGAGUCAUCUGUUGAAAGGCAGUUUAAAGGAUGAUAAGGAAUGUAAAAAAACAUUAGAAAAGGAUUGCGCUGAGUUGAAAAAGAAUCAAACAUUCGAAACUCUGCUUACUAAUUGUGAAGCUAAUGCUUUGGGAACUGUUUGCAAAGAAUUAGUUGAAAAACUAAAAAAGAGAUGUCCUACUUUAAAAGACGGACUGAAUAAAGCGAAAGAUGAGUUGACAAAGAUGAAGGCUGAGUACGAUAAGGUCAAAAAGGCGGCAGAAGAUUCUACAAAGGAAGCUAGCUUAUUGCUAUCAAGGCCUAAAAAAGCCGCAACACCAAGUGGACAGGAUAGCAAUGGUUCUGUACCAGCACAGGUACAGCCAGCACCAGGAGAGUCACCAGACUCAUCAUCAGGGUCGCCAUCAUCACCAGCAGUGCCACCACCACCAUCACCGCCACAAAAUGGAACGCCAGACACACCAGAUGGAACAUCAGGCACACCAAGUGGAACACCAAGCACAACAGGUCAAACGAAGAAUAAUGCAAAACUUGGACUCGUUAAAAGAGCAUAUGUAGAUGGAGGAGUAUCAGAAGCAGAAGUAAAAGCAUUUGAUGCAACGACGAUAGCAUUGGAGCUGUAUUUGGAAUUGAAAGAAGAAUGUAAAGCUUUAGAACUAGAUUGCGGUUUUAGAAAGGAUUGUUCGAGUGUUGAAGAUGUUUGCAAAGAAAUUGACACAUUAUGUGAACUGGUUCCAUUAAAAGUUACGCCUCAUCAUACAGAGAAAAUAACAGAAAUCUCAACCACUACGACGACCACUACCACGACCACUACCACGACUACUACCACAACUACUACGACAACAACUACUACAACCAAACCGGGAAGUGGAGGAAAAGUAACAGAAGAGUGUACAAUGAUACAGACGACAGAUACAUGGGUGACGAGUACGUCAUUGCAUACGAGUACGAUAACGAGCACGUCGACAGUGACGUCGACAGUGACCUUGACGUCGAUGCGCAAGUGCAAGCCUACCAAAUGUACCACCGAUUCAAGCAGAGAGACACAGAAAGGGGGAGAAGAAGAAGAAGUGAAACCGAAUGAUGGGAUGAAAAUAAGAGUUCCUGAUAUGAUUAAAAUAAUAUUGUUGGGAGUGAUUGUUAUGGGGAUGAUGUAA